AGAUGGUAGUAACGAUGUCGUUGCGUCGCGCGUCUCUCUUCAGUCAAAUCACGAUCGUCGUUGCGUGAUCAUUCGUUAACACAUUGCACUUAUAUAUACGAAUCUUGGCACACGCGGUCGACCUGCGUACGAAAAUAAACUUCAUUGAGAUCUUAUCCUAGAAACAUACAAAAAAUGAUAUUUUAUAAAGAUGUUAUACGAAUAUUUUGAGCAUAUCCUGACGACAUACGCAACCAGGGUUUGAACCUGGAUCACCCAACUAUCUUAAUCAAGAAACAAGCGCGGUGCUUAACAUUGGAUCUGUGAACAAGGAAGAGAGGAAAGAUAACUUUAGUGAUAUUCGCUCCAUAUCAAAGAUCAUCGAUUUAAAUAAUGGUGGAACGAUUGAUGCUAUUAGCCUUUCUAAUCACUGUAACGUUAUGCCAUGAGCAGUUUCUAAAGAUAUUUGAAUGGAAGUCGAUUGACUUCCAAUGGCCGACGGAAGAAGAACACGAAUUUGAUUUAAAGAACAACGGUUACAUACCGGCAAACAUCUUCAUUACCACUGUAAAAUUUUGGAAGGGUAAAAUGUAUCUAACAUUACCACGAUGGGAUGACGGCAUACCGGUAACGCUGGGCGUUACAUCGUCAAAACCGAUCAACGGGAUAAUAGCGCCCAAGUUGGAAGCCUUCCCCAACUGGGACAUGCAAAAAUUGGGUAAUUGUGACGCAUUCCAAUUAGUGCAUAGCAUAGAGAUUGAUCCUAAGGGUCGCAUGUGGGUACUCGAUACUGGUCGCCCCACGUCUUUGAGAAAAUCCAAAGCCGAUUGCUCGCCGCGCCUUGUUAUUCUCGACCUUGAGGAUAAUGGCAAGAUUCUUCGUACUUAUGAAUUUCCUGAGAAUGUAACUAGUCGCAAAAAUGUGUAUCUCAAUGAUAUUGUUCUUGAUCAUGAGGACGGCGGUAUGGCAUAUAUCACUGACACUAGCGACACCGAUCCUGGCAUCAUUGUAUACUCCUUAAAGGAUAACAAUUCCUGGAAAGUUCGACACAACUCUAUGAAAGCCAAAUCAGAGGCAGUUAAAUUCAUGGUAGGAAAUAAGUACGUAAUCAAACCAAUACACGUGGACGGCAUAGCACUUUCUCCAGCAAGCAGUAGCAACAGGCAAGUCUAUUAUUCGCCUUUGUCUUCUUUCCAUCUGUAUUCAAUUUCGACAUCCGCUCUGAAGUACAACGCGACGACUAUUGAUGGAUACGUAUGGGAACUUGGACGGAAGUCUUCUCAAACGGAUGGCAUGGCAAUGUCGUCCACUGGCGUGCUUUACUUCGGUCUAUUAGCUGACGAUGCCAUUGCCAUGUGGGAUACCAAGAAUACAACAUCCUUUACCAUUGGUCAACGAGUUAUAUGGCGCGAUCAUGAACUGACACAGUGGCCCGAUAGCUUCGCUUUUGAUGAAGACGGAUAUUUUUGGUGCGUUAGCAAUAUGCUGCAAAACUUCUUAAACGGUCAUGUUGAUAUCAACGAGCCCAACUAUCGUCUCAUUCGAUUACACGUAGGUGUUAAAAGUUAUCAAUAUUACGAAAAUGGCACGGCGCCUGAAUUACCUAAUCCCGCCGGUGCUGAUUCUGUUAGAAUUGCUUUCGCCACGCUGUUGCCUACCAUUUUAAUACUUAUCGCAAAGUAAUUGUUUAUACUAAAAUCCAAUUAAAGUUAUAUACGUUACGUAUACAAAGAAUUUACGAAUCUACGUUAAAACAAUCGAUCACAUUAACUUUUAAAUGUGUUUUUACGGUUUAUUUAUAAAUGUAAAUAAUUACUCUCAUCCCAGUAAACACAGAAAAUAAUAGUUAUAUAAUUUGUGUGUCACGUUAUAUAAC